AUGAAAAAACAGUUUAUCCAAAAACAACAACAAAUCAGCCAGGUCAAAUCCUUCUUCUCCCGCCAGCUGGAGCAACAGCUCGGUCUGAUCGAAGUGCAGGCCCCGAUCCUCAGGUUUGGCGAUGGCACGCAGGAUAACCUCUCCGGCAGCGAGAAAGCGGUGCAGGUUAAGGUCAAAACCCUGCCGGACGCCACCUUCGAAGUGGUGCAUUCACUGGCGAAGGAAACGCAAAACCUGGGUCGCUACGAUUUCGGCGCUGGCGAAGGCCUGUACACCCAUAUGAAGGCGCUGCGCCCGGAUGAAGAUCGCCUGACGCCUAUCCACUCGGUGUACGUCGAUCAGUGGGAUUGGAGCGGGUAAUGGCGUGGUGAGCGCAGCCUGGACUACCUGAAAAGCACCGUGCGCAGCAUUUACGCCGCCAUCAAGGCGACGGAGGCGGAAGUCAGCCGCGAGCAUGGUCUGACUCCGUUCCUGCCGGAACAGAUCCACUUUGUGCACAGCGAAACCCUGCUGCAGCGCUACCCGGAUCUGGACGCCAAAGGGCGCGAGAGGGCGAUCGCCAAAGAGCUGGGCGCGGUAUUCCUGAUCGGAUCGGCGCAGCUUUCGCACGGCAAAUCGCACGAUGUGCGGGCGCCGGAUUAUGAUGACUGGACCACGCCGGCGGCGGAUGCUGGUGGCCUGAACGGCGACAUCGUGGUGUGGAACCCGGUGCUGCAGGACGCUUUCGAGCUGUCCUCUAUGGGCAUCCGCGUCGACGCCGCCGCGCUGAAACAUCAGCUGGCCCUGAACGGCGAUGAAGAGCGCAUGGAGCUGGAGUGGCACCAGUCGCUGUUGCGCGGCGAUAUGCCGCAGACCAUCGGCGGCGGUAUCGCAUCGCGUUUGGUGAUGCUGCUGUUGCAACUGUCGCAUAUCGGCCAGGUGCAGUGCGGCGUGUGGUCGCCGGAAGUGCGCGGGGCGGUCGAAGGCCUGCUCUAA